AUUGCUCUGGUAUUUUUGCCCAAGACACACCAGCCCUCAGUCACUGGGAGAAGGACUUCUCAUACGUUUGCCCACACGGCUUUAUCAAAAGGGAUAUCACAGGAGAACUUGUCAGAUGUCAAGAUCAAGUUAAGCUCACCAUCCCCCACCUUCUGCCCAGCAGUGAGAGGAAAGGGAGGACUGCUAUCCUGACAACAUUUGCUCUUGGUGCUCCAGCUCCUGGUUCACUUGGCCACACUCACCAUGUGUGAAGAGGAGACCACUGCACUUGUGUGUGACAAUGGCUCUGGCCUGUGCAAGGCCGGCUUCGCAGGAGAUGAUGCCCCGCGGGCUGUCUUCCCUUCCAUCGUAGGCCGCCCUCGCCACCAGGGUGUAAUGGUGGGAAUGGGCCAGAAAGACAGCUACGUGGGGGAUGAGGCUCAGAGCAAGCGCGGAAUCCUGACUCUCAAAUACCCCAUUGAACACGGCAUCAUCACCAACUGGGAUGACAUGGAGAAGAUCUGGCACCACUCCUUCUACAACGAACUGCGGGUAGCACCUGAGGAGCACCCUACCCUGCUCACAGAAGCACCCCUUAAUCCCAAGGCUAACAGGGAGAAGAUGACCCAGAUCAUGUUUGAAACCUUCAAUGUCCCUGCCAUGUAUGUUGCCAUUCAAGCUGUGCUCUCUCUCUACGCCUCUGGUCGCACAACCGGCAUCGUCCUGGAUUCAGGGGAUGGUGUCACUCAUAACGUCCCCAUCUACGAAGGCUAUGCACUGCCCCAUGCCAUCAUGCGCCUUGACCUGGCAGGCCGCGACCUCACGGACUACCUCAUGAAGAUCCUCACAGAGAGAGGCUAUUCCUUUGUGACCACAGCCGAGCGAGAAAUUGUGAGAGAUAUCAAAGAGAAGCUGUGCUACGUGGCUCUAGAUUUUGAGAAUGAGAUGGCCACAGCAGCCUCCUCUUCCUCCCUGGAGAAGAGCUAUGAGCUGCCAGAUGGACAGGUCAUCACCAUUGGCAAUGAGCGCUUCCGCUGCCCAGAGACCCUCUUCCAGCCUUCUUUCAUUGGCAUGGAGUCUGCUGGAAUUCAUGAAACAACCUACAAUUCCAUCAUGAAGUGUGACAUUGACAUCCGCAAGGACUUAUACGCCAACAAUGUCCUCUCUGGGGGUACUACUAUGUACCCUGGCAUUGCUGACAGGAUGCAGAAGGAGAUCACAGCCCUGGCCCCCAGUACCAUGAAGAUCAAGAUUAUUGCUCCCCCAGAGCGGAAGUACUCCGUCUGGAUUGGAGGUUCCAUCCUGGCUUCUCUCUCCACCUUCCAGCAGAUGUGGAUUAGCAAGCCAGAGUAUGACGAGGCAGGGCCCUCCAUUGUCCACAGGAAGUGCUUCUAAAGUCAGAACAGGUCGUCUGGGAAUCUCCUUAAGACUGCUCUGUUACCACUCACAAAACAUUAAAACUUGCAAGGCUUA